AUUCUUCCACCCGUUUCUGGGCAGCCGUACUUAUCGGCUCUUUUGGCGGAUUCCCUUCCCGAAUCACAGGAGGGUAAUAAGCCACCCGCUGCCUCUGGCAACCCUCCGGAGUUGUCGUCUGCGCCAACGUCGGAAGGACAGACACAGGGCUCACUUGAACUUUCGGCCGACCGAACUCAACGGGCGGAGGAAAAUUUCUUCCUGAAAAGGCCUCUUUUUCCGAGCGCUGAGCUCGACUCGGCGGGCUUUGUUUGA